UGCGGUCCCCCUCCUUCCCGGGGCAUCCGUCACUGCUCCCCAGGACCCCACCUCCCCGGCACUCCCCACUCGUCUUCCCUGGACGCUCCCUCCUCUCCGGGACACCGUCCGUCUCCUCUCGUUCCUGGGACAGCCCCACCUGCCCCCCGCACACCUGCCCGCUGGGCCCUCCUUCCACCAAAUAAAGCUGAGCCCGGCAGCCACGCCACCCCUCCCUUUCUUGUAGAACGGCCCGUGCCUUGCCUUCCUGUGCUGCUGCCGUGAGCUGCCCGGGCUCCUGGGUCACCCAGCCGCUGCUAGUCCCUCACCUGGCCUCCAGGUGGCUCCCCAGGGGCAAAUCGGGUCUCCUUAGAAAAGUCAGCUGCGACUCAGGCGCGAGGUGUCCAGAGGCCCAGCCCUGUGGAUUAGGAAUGCAGAGUUGGCAAGGGAAGGGGUGCCCCUGGCCCACUUGGGAAAAGCUAACUUAAGCACAGACGGUUAUGUCUUCCCUUGUCACACUCGUAGCCAAACACUGUGAUUGUAGGGUUCCAGAGUUCACGUUUGCUUGUUGCCCUUUUCGUAAUUACCACCAAAAAGGCCUUGUUGACCCUGCCUGGGCCCGCACCUUGAAUUGUUAGAUCUUGGCAUCCGUGAGGUCAUCUGAGGGGCCAGGGCACGAAGACCCCAGCGUCCCCCCACGCCCAUGCCCAGCAUGCAGUGGAACUUAGUAAGUGUUUGUUCAUAGAGUCAAGAACGGUGAAGCACUAGCUGGUCCCUAGUGGCUUUGGUUGCAUGUUUCUAGAUAUGGAUCAAAGACUUUCAGAGUUGGUAGAAGACCUCACAACUUCCGGAGAACCCCAACUGAAUCCUGAGAAAAUGAAGGAGCUGAAGAAAAUUUGCAAGGCUUCAGAGGAGCAGCUGAGCAACGCCUACCGCCUCCUGAUGGCCCAGCUGAGCCGGGAGCAUGCCGAGAUCCGCCUCUCUGCCUUCCAGAUCGUGGACGAGCUCUUCGUCCGGUCUCACCAGUUCAGGAUGCUGGUCGUUUCCGACCUCCAGGAGUUCCUGGAACUCACGCUGGGCACCGACCACAGGCGGCCCCUGCCGCCCCCCAGGGAGGUGGCCCAGAGGCUGAGGCAGGCUGCCACCCGGGCCGUACAAGGCUGGCAUGAGAGGUUCGGCGCGGCCUACAAGAAGCUCGCCUUGGGCCACCACUUCUUGAGACACACCCAACAGGUGGAUUUUCAAGAUGUGAAUGUGAGGACUCCGGUGGAGAGAAAGCGAGAAGAGGAGAAGCAGAAGCGCUUGGACAGGCUCUACCGGGAAAGGGCUGAGCGGGCUGUACGGGAGCUGGAGGAAAUGUCCGAAGAAAUCCGGGGCUGCCUCACGGAGGUGGAGAGCUGCUUCCGGCUCCUGGUGCCCUUUGACUUGGGGCCGAGCCUGGGCCCCGCCUCAUCCACUGGGGCCUCUGGUGCAUCUGAGGAGGGUGCCCCUUGCCUAGCUGGUGUCCCCAACCUCGAGGAUGAGGAGCAGCCGUGCUGCAGCAAGUCCCUGCCUGCCUCUGCAUGGCGUCCGGCAGCCAUUGGUGGGGAGGGGCCGUCCCAGGCCACCCCAGGGAGCCCCUCCGAGGAGGAUGAGGACAGCGACCAGGAAGAGUUUGUCCGGUGCCAUGGGCUGGGCUCCCAUAAGUACACACUGGACGUGGAGCUCUCUUCAGACAGCCUGAGGGUGCAGGAGGACGAGGACAACUGCGCCGUCAUCCAGUCAGCCCGGGACGCACUGAAGCUCAUCCGGAACAAGUACCUGCCGGCCGUGUGCGCCUGGGUCCAGCUGUUCACCCGCGCAGGGCUGCACGGCGGGCACUUAGAGGCCACCAUCAACCUGAAGGCAAAGCUGGAAAGCGCGCUGAGCAGAUGUGGGGAGCUGGGCAUCGAACCCGAGGGCGCAUACAGGCGGGAGACAGCAGCCCUGGGCGACCUGGACGAGGACGAUGAAGAUGACCAAGGCUUUGUGGAGGUUCCAGAGAAGGAGGGGUACGAAGCCUGCGUCCCCGACCACCUGUGGCCCAAGGACGGGCUGCAGGGAGACCCAGCUGCGCAGGGUAUGCAGGCGAGGAUGAGGACGGGUGAGGAGGCGUGUGACCCUACCUCUGCUGCUGCCCAGCUCCAAUGGCUCCGGAGCCACUUCCCCCCGUGUCCCAGGGCACCCCUGGAACCAGAGGAGACCGGGAAGCUGGCAGCAGAGCGGACUCGGGCUCCCGUCGUGCCCUUCGGGGUGGACCUGUGUUACUGGGGCCAAGAGCAGCCGACGGGCAGGCGGGUCCUCAAGUCUGAGUCUCAGCACCGCUUCUGGAAGCCGAGCGAGGUGGACACGGAGCUGGACGGCGCUCAUGUGUCCCAGGUGCCCCCAAGCCGCCUCAUCACCUUUGCGGGGACGUUCGAGCCUGUGCAGCACCGGUGCCGAGCCCCGAGGCCCGAUGGCCGGCUCUGCGAGCGCCAGGACCGGCUGAAGUGCCCGUUCCAUGGGAAGAUCAUCCCCAGAGACGAUGCUGGGCGGCCCCUCCACCCGGAGGACAGGGCCCGGGAGCAGAGGCAGCAGCUGCAGAAACAGGCGGAGCGCCCAGACUGGCAAGACCCCGAGUUUAUGAGAGACGUGGAGAUGGCCACGGGUGUGGAUCUCGGCUCGUCCAGGGCUGGCAGGAGAGGCCGAGGCAAGAGGAGGCAGCACCCCGGCCUCACUGACCUGAAGCAGCGGGCAGAUACCACCCGCACACGCCUUGCCAAGAAAGUCUUCGCUAAGGCGGCCAUGCAGAGGGUGGUCACAGCCAUGAACCAGAUGGACCAGAAGAAGCACGAGAAGUUUGCAAACCAGUUUAACUAUGCGCUGAAUUAGAGGGCCAGGCCAGGUGUGCUGUGGUCCCCUCUGGUCAUCAGCUCUUCUUCCUCUGGCAGUGCACUAGGAUGGGAGAGCACACACCGGUCUGGGCAGCACCCACGGCCCCCAUGACUGUGUGUAUGAAAUGUGAGGAGAUGAUGCAUGUCCUGAUUAAAAUGCCCGAGUGUGGACAUUCCCUUGCUGUGGGGGCUCCCACAGUUGGGCUGCUGGUCUAGCUGCCUAACAGGCCCUUGGAGCCCGGAGGGUGAACUCGGGUAUCCGCAUCCCAGGGGGCGUCCUGCAGAGCCUGUGCAUCUGUGAAGUGGUUCAGAGCGAUGGAAUGGUCCCUGAGCUCAGCAUUCAGGGACCCCGACCCCCAUUUUCCAGCCUGCUCAGAGGAACUCUGGACAACCCCCACUUUUAUAUAAAUGCUGCUUUUAACACAAA